AUGACCCGGUCGAGGGAGUCGAUGCAAGUUAGCGAAAAAGCAAACCAUAACGCGGGGAGAAACAGUGAUGUCAUCAAGAGUAAAGCCAGCUCCUUAAUUUUGAAGACGAAGCGUUUGACUGAAGAAUUAACAGAUAAAGUGUCCGGAAAUGCAGAGCAAUUGUCCGAAAAAUUUCUAUCGUUGAAAGUGCAUGAACAAUACGCCUCAAUAAAUGGCUUAAUACAACUAUUUUCUCAUAGUGACUAUGUUGAUCAGGUGCAACUCUUGACGCUGUGUCCUUCCGAAUGGGGUCGAGUGAGAGUUGAAACAUUUUUUAAUGCCACAGAGGCGCAAGCACGGAGUGCGAUUGAGCUGAGGUCCACGACGGGUAUUCUCGCACGUCCUGACUAUAAUAGGGGCAAUAAGCCACUGGAGUCAGCAACCGUGACUGCCGUGAUCGAUUUUUAUUCAUCUGACGCUGUGAGCCGUCAAUCACCUAAUAAGAAAGAUACGCUGUUGGUGAAAUUAGGCGAUACGCAAGAAAAACGACCAGUGCCAGAUCGUUUUUUAACAUGCACAAUAGGCGAAGUUUUCGUACAAUUUGUAAUAUUAAAUCCACUUUUCAUUGUUCAUCGAAGCAAAUUCUUUGCUCUUCGCCCCAUAUUUGUAAAGAAGUGCAGUCCGCACGACGUGUGUCCGCCAGAUGGUAUCGGAGCUACAGUUAAAAGCGCUGCUUCACACUACACGCUUCGCUCGGGUGGUCCCGAUCGUUUCUCUGGUAAUGCGCAUGAGUUUUACCUUUUUAGCAAGAAACAUUUUGAUCAUUUCAAAUCUGUCGAUAAAUCUGGAUCAGAGCCGGAGUGUUCUGUCGAAGUGUUCUACCUGGAAGCUGCAAAGAUUGAGCAAAGUCGUCUUCGUUUAGUAGAACGAUGGAACAAACUACCUACAGCAGGCCCGAUUAAAGGCAUGCGCCAAUAUCAUCAUUUUGAGACUUUUUCGAUUGGUGAAGUGGACGCCGGUAUCACAUCAACAUCGGUCAAUUCUACACGGUUUCAAAUGUUAUCAAAAUCCGAAAAAAAGACAGCAAAACGAAUACACGACGUGCGCGAGCUUGCCAAAAAUUGUUAUUUGAUUGUAGAAGUGCUGGAUAAAUGGUAUGGUCGCAACCGUUAUAGAUGUUCACUCUGUGUCAAAGGCAAUUGA